AUGCACCCUAGUCGUCUGACUCUGAAUGCAAGCGAGAGCACCUCGACGGCCCAAGCAAGGCCUCCAUCUCGGCCCGAAAGCCAGAUAAGCCUCAUACCCAAGGCCCGAGAUGACAGGGCAGUGCCGCAUAUCGAAUCGGCCCCCGGUAAGAGUGGCAGGGAAGAGGAGACAGAUAAAUUGCCUCUGUUUGUUGGGUUCCAACCAACGCCAUCAGUCAGCAAGGCCAGGAGCAAGCUUCCACUUAGGCGGCAUAUAAAACGGAAAUCGCCCGAAUUCAAGCACGGACCCAGCCAUUUGACAUCUCCAGUGCUGUUACACAAUGAAAUGAGUGUCGAGGCUGCUGUGGCACAGUUAGAGGCAACUCCCAAACAACCUGCCUCUUCGGCCCCGUCACAAAUUGAGAAUAAAAUAGGCCUUUUCGAAUCGUUAAUCGCCAAGGAAAAGACAAAUGUAAAAAGCAAAUAUAGCAUUCGAUAUAAAGCUCGGAUCCCAGCAUCGGUUUCUUGUCAGGUAGUCCACCAACCCAAGCCCGGGAUAACUGAGGAGGUCAGGAGGAAGUCCUCCUCCUCCUGGGGACCAGCCCGGUGGCGACAGAGGCCCAUCGGGCAGAAUAUAGAAACUGAGCACCAUGCUGCUCUGGACGAGCCCAAAUCGAUCAGUCGAAAGGGUGAGGACCAGCGUGUGCCUAGCGAUGGACCCAUGGAAACGGUGCGUUCAUCACUAUCUGGCCACUGGGAGAUCUGGACCGAUAAUAUCAACAACCCUGAGAAAGAAAAGAAGUCUGACGGCUCGCUUCCAAGGGUUUCUAGUAUUAAUCACCCCGAAUCGGACACACAGCAGCCACAGAACGAUUCCGCGUCCGUUGGCAGCUAUGCAGGGCAAUGGGGACAGGGGCCCAAGAGCAUGCAAGUUACGCAGACUGGCGAAAGGCGUCGAACCUGGAGGCUUUCGGGGCGACGGUGGACGUCUCGAAGCAACACUCCUUUUAUUGCCCGUGUUAAUUGUGCAUUGGAGCAACCGCAACCAGUGCGAGUCAAUGAGAUGAAACGACUUGUCAGUCUCUGCCGGGAAAAGAUGACUAUGAGAAAAGACCGUGCGCAAACUGACUAG